AAUCCUUAGCUCCUUCUGUCUCUCCCGGCUCCCAUCUGUUCUUCCGGUGGCGAUGGCUGCGGCCGUGGCUGGGAUGCUGCGAGGGAGUCUCCUGCCCCAGGCGGGCCGGCUGCCCACCCUCCAGACCGUCCGUUGUGGUUCCAAGGCUGUUACCCGCCAUCGUCGUGUGAUGCAUUUCCAGCGGCAGAAGCUGAUGGCUCUGACUGAGUAUAUCCCCCCAAAACCCGUGGUCAACCCGAGAUGCCUACCGUGUCCUCCCAGUCCCCCACAGGAGGAGACAGGCCUUAUCCGGCUCCUCCGUCGGGAGAUAGAUGCAGUUUUCCGAGAGAACCGAAUGAUAGCUGUCUGUCAGAAUGUGGCUCUGAGUGCGGAGGACAAGCUUCUCAUACGGCACCGGCUGCGGAAGCACAAGAUCUUGAUGAAGAUCUUCCCCAACCAGGUUCUGAAGCCCUUCCUAGAGGAUUCCAAGUACCAAAACCUGCUGCCCCUCUUUGUGGGCCACAACUUCCUGCUGGUCAGCGAGGAGCCCAAGGUCAAGGAGAUGGUGCGAGUCUUAAAGGGUGUGCCUUUCCUGCCACUGCUCGAGAGACACAGCGAGAGAGGGAAGUCAAGCAGGGGGAGUGGGAGAGGGAGAAGCAAGCUCCCCGCUGAGCAGGGAACCCGAUGCGGGGCUCGAUCCCAGGACCCUGGGACCAUGAUCUGAGCCGAAGGCAGACACUUAACGACUGAGCCACCCAGGCGCCCCAGUAGCACCAUUUGUUGAGGGCUGCCUGUGUCCCUCCAGAACCUGUGUUGGCUCUCACUGCCCUGCGUCUGUCCUCCCUCCCUCCCUCUCUCUCUCCCUCCCUCUCUCCCUCCCUCACUUCCUCCCUCACUUCCUUCCUCCCUCCCUCCCCCUCUCUCCCUGACUCCCUUCCUUCUUUUUUAGAUUUAUUUAUUUUAGGGAGAAAGAGAGCUCAGGCAGGGGGGCGGGGUGAGGGGCAGGGGCAGAGGGAGAGGGGGAAGGAGAGAAGCAGACUCUGCGCUGAGCGGGGAGCCCCAUGCGGGGCUGGAUCUCACAGCCCUGAGAUCAUGACCUGAGCCAACACCAAGAGUCGGAUGCUUAACCACCUGAGCCACCCAGGCGCCCCAGUCCUGUGUCAUUUCUGCAGGGGCGGGGCGGGGGGGGUGGAGAGGAGGGAAAGCAGAGAGAGGGCUCUGCAGGGAGAGGAAGUUCAGACACCUUGAGUCUAGCAGUGGGGUGCAGAAAGCCACACAGACAGAGAUACUUAAACAGCCCAGGGGAAGGGCACUGAGGGGCAGUGAGCAAUGUUUCCCAGACUCCCCUAAUGCUGGGGAUCCCAGGAGAUGAUUCUUCUAGAGAAGACUGGUUUCAUAGCUACCCCACUACACACACACGCUCUGUGGUUCUUUCUUUUUUUUUUAAGAUUUUAUUUAUUUAUUAGAGAGAGACAAGUGGGAGCGAGAGGGAGAGGGAGAGGCAGGCUCCCCGCUGAGCAGGGAGCCCAAUGUGGGGCUCGAUCCCAGGCCCCUGGGAUCAUGACCUGAGCCGAAGGCAGAUGCUCAACUAAUUGAGCCACCCAGGCGCCCCUCUGCGGUUAAGAAGGUUUAGGAAACCAUGACUUAGUUGGGGGUGGGCCAGGUGGAUGUCUUAUGUGAGUGUUUUCUAGGGAAGAGUUAGGAAGGAAGGGAGGGGAUCAGUCC